AUGUGGACCAAAGCAAACGUACAAACAUACAUUAAAGAAAAUACAGAAGGAAAAAAGAAACAUUUAAAGUUCAAUCAAGUUAAAGCUUCAGAUUUAAUCCUUCAACAGCAACAGACAGACACAUUAAGCAAAGGACAAACGCACACACAUUCCUCGCAAUGGACAAAAAAAGAGAAGAAUUUUGCAAGAAUAUUACGAAAAAGGGAAAAUUGUAUGACGGUGCCUCAUGGAAAUUUAUGGUGCGGGUGGAGGUUCGAGAGACGGACGCUUCUUGAUAUGGUGUGA